AUGCAAUACCCAUCCGCAUUCAUCGCCAUCUUCGCGGCUACGGCCGUCCUCUCCCUCCCGCUCAACAUCAACAUGGGUGCUUACUCUCCAGCGUUGGUAGUCGGUGAUGGAGCUAUUGGAUUCGAAGGGGCCAACGGAGCAGAUCAGGUCGCCAAUCUGAUGAACACUCUCCUUGGUGCUUCCAACACUGGUACCGCCGGGAAUCCAAACGCGGCUGCUCUCCCCCCAGCUGCUGCUCCACCAGCUGCCCCCGCAAAGCCUACUCCCUCUGCGCCUGCUGCUGGAGAAGUCGCUGCCGAGUCACUUCCCCAGGGUAUGGGCAAGGUCUCCACCGCCGAGGAGGGGCAGGAUCUCGGUGCACAGAUUGAUGAUGUGGACCACUACACAUUCGACAAGCGAGCUGCUGCGAAAAGAGACCUGACUGGAUUUAAAGCUGCGUUAGCUUACUCGAUGAACGCCCUGAUGGCCGGACCCGAGGUGCAGUUGGGGACAGGCGCGCACGGAUCUGGCGUUGGCAUUAUACAGAAGGCCGGCGGAAGUAAGACCGCACCUUCUGGAGGCGGAACUCAUUAG